AUGGUUCGAAACCUCUCCGCACUCGAGGCGGGGCCUGAUAAUCCCGACACUCCGAGAAAAUGGCCCAAGGACCCCAGAGAAGUUGUUGCCAACGACCUAGACGCGGGUGCACUCGUCAGUGAAUUGGCAAAGUUGAACCUUUUGCCAAAGAUGACCACGUUGGACCCCCCCCAGCGGAAGGCCUUUGCGAUGAACCCAGAAAGGACAUAUCGGGGGACCCGGCUGGCCUUGACUAAGGUCUACGAUCUCAUAGAACAGCGUUACAUGGCCUUCACGGAUAUGGCCCAGCUCGAGCCUUCGAUCCCAGUAAAUAUGACCAAGGAAUACAAGCAAAAGUUCUUUGUGUUCACAAAGAGUAAAGAUGACUCUUAUCCGCCUCAUAUAAACCUUGGCCUGAAUAGGGACUGGGCAGAGAACGACGAGGAAGACUGGGACAAUCGAUCAGACCUUGGGCCAUGGAGCCUCUUUGACUUGUGGAGCUUACCGACGUUGUUGUUGAUCAUGAAAGGCGUUGUGCCAACGUACAUCACGGGCGAGCCCUAUAAAGGGAACACGAUAGCGGAGGUGGAAAAAUACCAGAAGAACGCUAGGGAAAACUGGUAUUUCAAAGAUAUAUUCGAUCGGUCAAACGUGGGCGAUUUAAAAGACUGGUACAGUGACGCCCGGUUUUCUCAACAGCAAUUCACAGGGACAAACCCCACAACAAUUGAACGGACUUCCAAUGAUUGGAUAGAUCACUUCAUCCGAGCUGCAAAGACACCAGAUGAUGCAGUCGCUAGGGAGACCAUCGCCAAACUCAGUACCAGCUGCCGAGAGUCCUUUUACGUGCAGGAUUACAGCUACUUUCGCAAGGCUGCUGGUAUGGAGUCGGCUGCUGACAUCAAAUGUGAGGGCGAAGCCAACAAUAAUAAUGAGAAAAGCUAUCGUUACGGUUGCGCAUCGGUGUGUCUUUUCUUUCUCAAUGAAAAUGGCCAGCUUUACCCGCUAGCUAUCGUCAUCGAUUGGCGAGGUAGUCUCGAGAAAUCCGUGACAAUCUACAACCGGGAACUAUUCAAGCGCACGAAUAUCCGGUCGGGAAGCGAACUGCAGGAUCGAAAGGAUGAGACAACCGAAGAUCAUGAAAAAACUGACUGGCCUUGGAGAUACGCCAAGACAUGUGUGCAAUGUAGUGACUGGUUUCGGCAUGAAGUCACCGUGCACCUUACCCGUACUCAUCUGAUUGAAGAGUCGAUAAUUGUUUCUGCCAACAGACAAUUCGAUUCCGAUCACCCUGUCUUUGAGAUCCUUCAUCUGCACUGGAAGAAGACCCUGGCACUCAACGGGGCUGCACGAGGCACCCUCGUCCCCUCCGUCAUUCUUCAGAUCAUCGGAUUCAAACAAGACGAAGCCCUUGCGUUCAUCAGGGACGAGUACAGGACCUUUGACUUUCAAAAUAGUUAUGUACCAAGGGAUCUCCGCAGACGGGGAUUCCCUCCAGAGGAUCUGGACUCCCCAAAGUUUCACAACUAUGCCUACGCCAGAUGCAUCAACAGCAUGUGGAAAAAGAUCAGGGACUAUGUGGAGGCACGGCUUUCACUGGCCUACCCAGAAGCGGAUGCUGAUACCCGUGUCAAGAAAGACGCCUGUAUCCAGGAAUGGUGUAAAGAAAUGCGAUCUCCAGAUGGCGCUGACUUGCGAGAAUUCCCCAGUAUUACCACGUUCGCGGAGCUCGUCGACUGCGUGACCAUGUGUAUCCACAUCGCGUCGCCUCAGCAUAGCGCUGUCAAUUACCUGCAAGACUACUACCAGGAUUUUGUGAUCAACAAGCCGUCCUGUCUUUUCGAGAAGCCUCCAAACUCGCUAGAGGAUCUCCUCCAGUACACCGAGACAGAUCUUGUCAAGGCUCUCCCUAUGAACCGUCCACAUGAGUGGCUUCUUUCUUCCCAUGUCCCAUACCUCCUCAGCUUCCCACCACAAGAAGAGCAGACGCUGAUGGCGUGUGUUCAUUCGGCGUGGACCUGUGCUACUUCACACCCCCCGAACCCAAAGCUCGCAGCUGUGCUCAAUGAUUUCUACCAAGCACUCUACUAUAGCGAUGAUGAGUUCGAGAAGUACUCAAAGGAAAAAGACGACUACGAGGACAUCGAUUACUCAGUGUUGAAGACCGACAAGAAUGCAGUGUCGAUUUUAAUAUAG